UUGCUCAUCGGCCUGCCUAAGCAUACGCGAUUGCUGAUCUAGGGUUUCACUUCACGGAUUGGCGUUCGUGUCAUGCAGGAGGCCAAGGCCAAGGCGCUGGUGGCCGCGAAGGGGAGAACAGGGUGCAGAUGAUAGGAGAGUACGCGGUGCGGACGGAACGCGCAAUCGAUGCGCUGGAGAAAAAGGUGCAGGGCAUGGAGGCGGUGGUGGAGGUGGAGCUCGAGCUGCUGCUCGAGAAGUACUGCACCGACCUCUCGGACAUGCACAAGGCGCGCCACUACUACCGCGCCACCUCGCUCUCCGACGCGGAGAAGCUGUGCCUCCGCCAGAUCGACGAAUUCGCCGCCGCCACCAUCGCCGACUACGAGGCCAGCGUCGGCCCCGUCCCAGCAUUCGACAAGCACCUCAGCCUCUUCAGCCAAGGCAUCCCACUCGAGUUCCCCGAACCCUUGGCUCCCCCUCCCCCUUCUUCGGCUUCUCGCCACGGGCCUGCUGUGGACAAUGGAGGGGACGUUGCAUGCUAAGAGAUGAUCACCUGGAGCACCCCACCCCUUCCAUUUCUUCACCCCCCCUGUCAUCCAAGUCGUCUAUCAUGUUUCUAGAGGCUUUGAGCCUAUUUUAUUGCCCAUCUGCAGUUUGACUGACGGUGAUUAAUGUAAACUUGGAGCUGUGAGAUUGUCAGUACGGGUGUAGCUAAUGAACAUCUUUGAUGUAUGAGAACGUGUGGGUUCUGAAUUGUGAUUCAUGCUUGCAUGGCUCUCUGUGCUUUUGUGGACUAAGAAUGCUAUAUCAUCU